AGAGGUGUAUGCAGUGUGCAGCACUGACCUUGGAUCCUGAGAUUCUGCAGGCACAAGCUGCACAGCCUCCAUGGCUCCAUGACCUCAUCAAACUCUAUACUCUUUCACCACCUCCUCCUAAGUCCUACCCUCUCAAACAUAGCCUAUUUAGACCCUACUCCACUUUCUUGUUCUUACUGCUAUCUUUGUCCUCCCUGUAACUACUACGAGGCGAGCAUAUAAAAAACCUUGCACCGUCUCCCAUGGCCUCUCUUUCUCUCUCUUCGUCUUCUUCCUCUGUUUCUACUAGUCUUGAGACAUAAGCAAGACCAAGAUUUGGGUGGGGGCGCAAUUAGAAGUAGUACAUUACAAUUCUACCGAAUUAUCGUGUUCUUGGACAUAUACUUACAAUUCAGUACAAGUGUUAGUAUGAGUCUUGGUGUUAUGAUGAGUAGGAGAAGCAAAUGGCGGGCGGCAGCGCCGGUCAUGGCGUGCGCGGUGCUGGUGCUGUGCGUGGGCUGUGCCGUCGCCGUGGACGAGCAGGGGGCGGCGCUGCUGGCGUGGAAGGCCACGCUGCGGGGCGGCGACGCGCUGGCCGACUGGAAGCCGACCGACGCGUCGCCGUGCCGGUGGACGGGCGUGACGUGCAACGCGGACGGGGGCGUCACGGAGCUGAACCUGCAGUACGUCGACCUGUUCGGCGGCGUGCCGGCGAACCUGACCGCCCUGGGCUCCACGCUGACCCGGCUCGUCCUCACCGGCGCGAACCUGACGGGGCCCAUCCCGCCGGAGCUCGCCGGCGAGCUGCCGGCGCUGGCACACCUCGAUCUCAGCAACAAUGCGCUCACGGGGCCGAUACCGGCGGGGCUGUGCCGGCCGGGGAGCAAGCUCGAGACGCUGUACCUCAACUCCAACCGCCUGGAGGGCGCGCUGCCGGACGCCAUCGGCAACCUCACCUCUCUCCGGGAGCUCAUCAUCUACGACAACCAGCUCGCCGGCAGGAUACCGGCGGCCAUCGGCCGGAUGGGCAGCCUUGAGGUGCUCCGUGGCGGCGGGAACAAGAACCUCCAGGGCGCGCUCCCUACCGAGAUCGGCAAUUGCUCCCAGCUCACCAUGAUCGGCCUCGCCGAGACCAGCAUCACCGGGCCGCUGCCGGCGAGCCUCGGCCGGCUCAAGAACCUCACCACGCUGGCCAUUUACACGGCGCUGCUCUCCGGCCCGAUACCGCCGGAGCUCGGCCAGUGCACCAGCCUGGAGAACAUCUACCUCUACGAGAACGCGCUGUCCGGGUCCAUCCCGGCGCAGCUCGGCAGGCUUAAGAGGCUCACCAACCUGCUGCUGUGGCAGAACCAGCUCGUCGGCAUCAUCCCGCCGGAGCUCGGGUCGUGCCCCGGGCUCACCGUCGUCGACCUGUCGCUCAACGGGCUCACCGGCCACAUCCCGGCGUCGUUCGGCAACCUUCCGUCGCUGCAGCAGCUGCAGCUUAGCGUGAACAAGCUCUCCGGCACGGUGCCGCCUGAGCUCGCCCGGUGCAGCAACCUCACUGACCUCGAGCUCGACAACAACCAGCUCACCGGCAGCAUUCCUGCCGUGCUCGGUGACCUCCCGUCGCUGCGCAUGCUCUACCUCUGGGCCAACCAGCUGACGGGCACGAUCCCGCCGGAGCUCGGCCGGUGCACGAGCCUCGAGGCGCUCGACCUGUCGAACAACGCGCUGACCGGCCCCAUGCCGCGGUCCCUCUUUGCGCUGCCGCGGCUUUCCAAGCUACUGCUCAUCAACAACAACUUGUCCGGCGAGUUGCCGCCGGAGAUUGGCAACUGUACGUCCCUUGUCCGGUUCCGAGCGAGCGGCAACCACAUCGCCGGCGCGAUACCGACCGAGAUCGGAAAGCUUGGCAACCUCAGCUUCCUUGACCUCGGUUCGAACCGGCUGUCCGGCUCUCUGCCAGCAGAGAUUUCUGGGUGCCGGAAUCUCACGUUCGUCGACCUGCACGACAACGCUAUCUCCGGCGAGCUGCCACCGGGGCUGUUCCAGGACUUGCUCUCUCUCCAGUACCUCGACCUCUCCUACAACGUGAUCGGAGGAACUCUCCCGUCGGACAUGGGCAUGCUGACCUCGCUGACGAAGCUCAUCCUCAGCGGCAACCGGCUGUCAGGGUCGGUACCACCGGAGAUUGGUUCGUGCUCCCGGCUCCAGCUCCUCGACGUCGGCGGCAACUCACUUUCCGGCAAGAUUCCGGGGAGCAUAGGCAAGAUUCCGGGGCUGGAGAUUGCUCUCAACCUCAGCUGCAACAGCUUCACCGGCACGAUCCCGGCAGAGUUCGCCGGGCUUGUGAGGCUCGGCGUGCUCGACGUGUCGCACAACCAGCUCUCCGGUGAUCUCCAGACGCUGUCCGCGCUCCAGAACCUCGUGGCCCUCAACGUCUCCUUCAACGGCUUCACCGGCCGGCUGCCGGAGACGGCGUUCUUCGCGAGGCUGCCGACGAGCGACGUGGAGGGCAACCCGGCGCUGUGCCUGUCCCGGUGCGCGGGCGACGCUGGCGACCGCGAGCGCGACGCGCGCCACGCCGCGCGCGUGGCGAUGGCCGUGCUGCUCUCCGCGCUCGUCGUCCUCCUCGUGUCCGCGGCGCUCGUUCUCGUCGGUCGGCACCGGCGCGCCGCGCGCGCCGGCGGCGGAGGGGACAAGGACGGCGAGAUGUCUCCGCCGUGGAACGUGACGCUGUACCAGAAGCUGGAGAUCGGCGUGGCGGACGUGGCGCGCAGCCUGACGCCCGCGAACGUGAUCGGGCAAGGGUGGUCCGGCUCGGUGUACCGCGCGAGCCUCCCGUCGAGCGGCGUGACCGUCGCCGUGAAGAAGUUCCGGUCGUGCGACGAGGCGUCCGCCGAGGCGUUCGCGUGCGAGGUGAGCGUGCUCCCCAGGGUGCGCCACCGCAACGUCGUCCGGCUGCUGGGGUGGGCGGCCAACCGCCGCACCCGCCUCCUGUUCUACGACUACCUCCCGAACGGCACCCUCGGCGACCUGCUCCACGGGCACGGUGGCGUCAGCGGCACGGCCGGCGCCGCCGUGGUGGAGUGGGAGGUGCGGCUCGCGAUCGCCGUCGGCGUGGCGGAGGGCCUCGCGUACCUCCACCACGACUGCGUGCCGGGGAUCAUCCACCGCGACGUCAAGGCCGACAACAUCCUCCUCGGGGAGCGCUACGAGGCGUGCGUCGCCGACUUCGGGCUGGCCAGGUUCGCCGACGAGGGCGCCACCUCGUCGCCUCCGCCGUUCGCCGGAUCCUACGGCUACAUCGCUCCCGAGUACGGGUGCAUGACGAAGAUCACGACGAAGAGCGACGUGUACAGCUUCGGCGUGGUGCUGCUGGAGAUGAUCACGGGGCGGCGGCCGCUGGACCAGUCGUUCGGCGAGGGGCAGAGCGUGGUGGAGUGGGUGCGCGACCACCUGUGCCGGAAGCGGGAGGCGAUGGAGGUCAUCGACGCGAGGCUGCAGGGGCGGCCGGACACGCAGGUCCAGGAGAUGCUGCAGGCGCUCGGGAUCGCGCUGCUCUGCGCCAGCCCGCGCCCGGAGGACCGGCCGAUGAUGAAGGACGUGGCGGCGCUGCUGCGUGGCAUCCAACACGACGACGGCAGCAUCGAGGCGCGGAAAGCUGGAGGCGGCGGAGCCGGAGCCGGAGAAGGAGCCGAGGCCGGGGCGAGGAAGUGGGCCGAACCGAAGCAGCCCAUUUCACCGACCAAAUUGAUGGCCCUCGCGCAACCAGCCCAGGCCCAGGUCCAGGCCCGGGCAAAUUCAGGGUCUCAAAGCCUGCUCAAGAAUCUUGAGUGACCGGGCCCACUACCACUGUGUGGUGUACCUUUUUGGGGGACCCGUAGCAGAGAUGGAUGGCACCACGGUCAUACGGAGUAGGUGUGCAGUGUUGGGAACGAGAAAGUAGAGGGGGUGCGUCGUUUUGCUAGGUGCAACCUUGUGAUUGUGGGUACAAAAAUGGAAUCUUUUAGGAAUUUGUUAGUGAUGAUGAUGGUGAUAGGAGAAUGAUCAAUAGAGGGGUCUCGCGAGUCAUGAAAGCCUAAUAAUGUUUUGUACCAUAAAUCCGGCAUAGUGCAAUGGAGGUUAGUGUACAUUGUUAUAUGAUUUGAUGAUAAUAAUGCAUAUGUGGUCAAUGAAUAUGUUUGCAAAA